CAAACAGGCAUCUCACAGGCUGCUGAGCUGGUCCUUGCUUGAGUUGUCGUGGCCUUUUCUGUAAAUCGUCAGCAGAAAAUAGCCCCUUCUGUCCCAGUGACCAUCAUCCUGCUCAGGUCUUACUCUCCAGCACUAAGAGAAAAACCUCAGACAAUAUGCCUGGACCCGCAGCAAGCGCAUCUAGCGUCGGCGCCUCUGGCCGUUCCCCCAGUAAGACGGUGGCCCCGAGAGCAGCAGGAUCCACAGUCAGACAGAGGAAAGCGACUGGCAGUGGAACGCGGUCUGCAGGCAGAGCUACAGCAUCAGCAGGUACAGGAGGCAUGUGGCGCUUCUACACCGAGGACUCACCCGGACUGAAAGUUGGCCCAGUGCCUGUACUUGUAAUGAGUCUGCUGUUCAUCGCCUCCGUCUUCAUGCUGCACAUAUGGGGAAAGUACACCCGCUCCUAAACCUCCCGAUGUUCGAACUCUGACCUCCAAGUGAUUAUGACAUCAGUGAUUAUGAAUUAAGCCAUUGGAUCUGGACCAAACUCUGACCCUAAACAGCAAAACCUGGCUCAUAUAUUUUCAUUUCAGAAAAUUAUACUUCCCUUCUACAAGUGUUCAUUUAUUCUUUUUUUUUUUAUCUGGAACAGGACAUGUACUUUUUUUUUUGCUAACCUUUGUACAAAUGCUGUAAAAUUGUACAAUAAAACAAAACAAAAAACACCACAAAA